UCGGGCCGGAAGUCUUGACAAUAAGGAACAACCAGCCGGCUGCCUGAACGGCGUUUCUCGCAGUCGGUGUGAGCAGGUCUUCACUAUAACCCUACUUCUCUAGGCUAGCGGUGGCCUUGCGCACCCUCGGCAGCUACUAAUGGACUCGACUGGAGACUCGCAAUCUGACUCGCAGCCGACUCAACAAGCUACUCAAAAUGCUUUGGAUCCUAGGAGAUUUGGGAAGCAAAACUCAGGCUUCUCUGACGAAGACAUUUCCGAUAUAGUCUGCCUACUGUAUGCCAACUCUGACAGCGCCAGUCACGAAAUCCAGAAUAUCGCAUCUUCACCCGAAUAUGCCCACCAUACUACUAAAAGAUAUACCGCCAACGCCAUUGAUUCGGAUCGAACUCGCGAAGACGACCCUAAGCAUUUUGGCCUAACUCGAGGGAUUGGCGACCAUGCUCUAGUGAUUAAAUUGUCGUCCAGCCUGAAGAACCCGCGCCUAGGCUUCACCUUUGGUCGCAAUCGUGCCCGUUGUGAUCUCUGUUUUGAGAACGACCCAGGCAGGAGGCUUAGCAAUAUUCACUUUCGCAUAUUCGUCAAUAAGUACGGUAUCGUCAUGUUAGAAGAUCAGUCGACGAAUGGCACCGUCGUUGACGACAAAUUGCUGCGAAAGAGGAGUGAUCCCCAAAAGGGCCAAUGCUCUGCGACCAGGAGGACGUUGGAGAGUGGCUCUACAAUCAAAAUUGUUAUGCAUGACAGCAUGAGCGAUCUUAUCUUCCUUGUUCGGAUACCUCGUCGCGAUGGCGAUCACGAAACUGCGUAUAGGAGAAAGCUCGGUGCCUAUCUACGACGAACCCAAGGGCAUGACGAUGUUAACAAGACUAUUGGCCCUGGACCAAGCGGCCAUGUUAACCUCUUUCAUCCUCCACAGCGCCAACCUCACGGCGAUCUCUGGGAAAUCACGCAAGAAGCCCCUGAGCGGUUACCUCGAGAGUGGCGCGGAGGCGAAAAGUAUGCGCGCGUAAGUGUGAUCGGGAAAGGGGCUUUCGCGACAGUUCACAAGGUCACCUCAAAAUUCGACGGUUCACCAUACGCGGCCAAAGAACUAGAUAAGCGCAAGUUCAUGAAGAAUGGUGUUCUAGAUCAAAAAGUCGAAAAUGAGAUGAGGAUUAUGCAAAAAGUCCAACACCCCAACAUUGUUCAAUACAUCGAGCACUUCGAUUGGGAUUUACACCAGUUCUUCAUUAUCAUGGAAUACGUCCCCGGUGGCGAUCUUGGCAAACUCAUUCAAGAACACGGCCCAAUAGCUGAGCCCUACGUUAAGAUUAUGGCCGGGCAGCUACUUGAUGCGCUCAAGUAUCUACAUGAAAACAAGAUCACCCACCGCGACGUGAAACCCGACAAUAUCCUAAUACAGUCGACGAGCCCGCUCGUGGUCAAAUUAACGGAUUUUGGCUUGUCUAAAAUGAUCGACACCGAGCAAACCUUUCUCAAGACGUUCUGCGGGACUCUUCUGUAUUGUGCGCCGGAGGUCUACAGCGAGUAUUCGUCGUACGAUUACAAUGGUAAGAGAACGCAGAGGUAUGGGCAGAGACCGGCGGAUAGGGAGAGGUAUGAUCAUGCGGUGGACAUCUGGUCGCUUGGCGGUGUUUUGUUUUAUUCUCUGACUGGCAGCCCGCCGUUCCCCGUUAAGAAUGGGGUUACGUAUACGGAGCUGCUCGACCAUAUCAUCAAGACGCCGGUAAACAUCUCACCUUUAUCGCGAUACAACGUGUCGAGUAAUGGCAUUCACUUCAUAUUGAGGAUGAUUAAUGUUCGACCGGAGACUAGAGCGUCCGUCUCCGAACUCCUGACUCAUCCGUGGUUGACGGGUGAAGCAGAUUCUUUAGAGGCAUCUGACGACAAGGACCUAGGACAAAGGGCCUCGCAACUGAGUCUCGAUGAUAGGCAACCAGCUCAAUUCACCGACGAAGGUGCGAGUUCUCUUCAAGAGCCGGAGCCAGACUUUUCCAUUGAUUUCGAAUCCGAGAAGGAGAAUUAUACUUUUGGGCAACCUCCGCCGAACAGACUAUUUGGAGAGGUGUCGGCAGUCGGUAGCUCCGGCGCCAUUCCAGAGGACCGCCUGAACCUCCCGGUCUCGGAUACCAGCUUAGGAGAGACUGAUGUCUUGGAAACUGAAAUCCUUGAUAGUUUCGGUGAAUCGGAUGACCUUUCUACGCCAAGGCAGAAGCCUCGUGCAGGCAACGGCAUCCUGUCGGCCGACGGAGACUUUUCGCGGGGUGGUUCGCAGAGUGUGGUGCUAGGGGCGCGUUCGCAGAGCCUUGGCGGUGCCUCGUCGAUCCUUGGGAAUCUGAACGUCAAGUCGCUUGCCAAUGGUGGCCCGAACCUUCAAUCUAGGACCAGCGAGCUCAACACGAGUAAAAGAAAGCCGGCUUAUGAUACCAGUGAUGAAUACGAAUCGGGUCAGACUAAGGCCAAACCGUCAUUCAAACGACUCAAAUCGCAGAGUGACUUCGAUGAUUUCAACGCCGAGGAAGAAGAGAACCGUUUGCUCGCCAGUGUUCCUCAGGUGGUAAAGAACGAGUCGGGUCGUCAAAUCGAUUAUCCUCUUCCCAAAACGACCUUUUGGGACAGUUCAAACAAGGAUACAUGGCACCUAGAUUACCCCGAAAUGACCCAUCUUCAGUACAAUGCAUUUGAGCAAGCUGCCGAGAAAAGGAAGGAGGAAUUCGGUCCGGGAAAAUCACAUCUUUGGGACCUAGCGAUGAAGAAUUUCCCGCCUACACGGAAUCGGCAUCCACCCAAGGAAAUAGGGAAGGCGCUCGCACUGCGACCAGCCUUGCUCAAACGUGAUAAUCGGGUAGUCAAUGAGGCCCAUGAUUUCGCCAAUGAGGUUUCGCCUGCCAUCGAAGACGAGUCUGAAUCGAUCCCGGAUACUCUGCCACCUGAAACCCAGCAAUUUACACAAGCCACUGAGCGGCCGAAGAUGGUUGCAGCCUUUUACUCGGGCCAGGGGUCAUUAGUACCAGGAAUAUCCAUCCACGUUAACGAUCCCAUAAUUUCGUGGGGACGGGAUCCUAAUAACACCGUCGUUUAUGAGCCGGUCAUUGAAUCCAGGGUUCCUAAAAACGCAUUCAGGGUCAUGCUGUGGAGAGAUGGCUAUACUGCAUCUUUCAACGAAUUCCGACCAUGGGAGCCUACUCGGUCUACAGCCAGCCGCACGAUGCGAGCCGAACCAGCACCGAGUUCAUAUGCGUUCUAUAUAUCAACCAAGGCCACUGUUGGGAUAAGAAUCAACAACACUCCCCUACAGGCCAAUGAGCCAAAGAACAGCACGGCAGCCUGCAAGUACUGGGUGAAGCUAUAUCACGGAGACACAAUAGUCUUUUGGGGAACAGAAAAUGCGCACAACCGGGCAACAUUGACGUUUGAGUGUUACUGGGGCGGAUCUUCAAUAGCCAGGCCACAAGAUGAGCCUCCAUCCUACGUAUCCGAGGCGCAGGCUCGCAAGCUUGACCGCCUCUGGCCCAAGGUUCUAACUACGCUUCACUACGAUAAAAUCAAGGCCGAGGCGCAGCGUGACCAGCAAGCGAGGAUGCAACGCAUGGGCGAAGAAUUAGAGCGCAGUCGAAUUUUCGAAGAGAAGCGGGCUAAAGCAGUUAGGAUGCUCGCUUCUCUUGCUUCUCGCCGAGCUUCGCCGGCUAGCGCGCCCCCAAUUUCGAGAAGAACAGUCCCUCAGUUCCAUCAUAACUUAGCAUCGCCUCACAUUCAAAGUAGUUGAUUAACCAGACAGGCCUUCCAAUAUUCCUCACGAUGCACCACUCCCAGAAGAUGAGAGUUGAGUUUCGACUUCACCUUAUAUGCUCUGAUAUGAAUCAUAUUUUAGCAUCCCAAUGUUCUCUUAUCUUACAAA